AUGAUGGAGGUUUUCAGCAUGCUCAAGUUUUGGAGGUACACCGAAGGUAGAGAUCCAACCGCCAUCGGAGACUUUGAUUCCAAUUUCGACAACGAUGAGUUGUUCUUCGAUUUGGUGUUCACUAAUCCAUGUGAUGAAACGACAACGAUUAUGAUGCGUCUCCUAAUGCGGAAGAUUUUGCCUCCCGAUUCACUGAAAUCUCCUCGAGCGUUGAUUCCAGGGGUUCUGAACAACAAAUCGAGAUUAGACAAGGAAAAUUUCAAAAUCGAAGAAGUUAAGAUUGGAUCAUUGCUGAAAAGAGAUAACAAUUUGAGAGAUGUGUAUAAAACAGGAGAGAUAAAGAAGAGGGGACACGGUAGAAAAACUCUACCUAUUACCUAG